AUGGGGGGGGCGUGGGGAAUCAGAGGAAAGCAGGGAAUUGGCUCCCCCACCCUUUCCCUCCGGGCUUGCCUUUUGCAAGAUCUGCGUCCUUGGAAGCAGGCGAAGACAUUUUGGUGCAAUCUGACUGGGACGCGGAGCAGUCGCCAGGCAGCCUGAUGGCCACAGAGACACCAUCUGGACCAUCUCUUCUUACAGGUGCAGUGGGAAAAGGUGCCAGGCAGCUCCCUCAGGAUCUGGUGACCUUCCAGGCCCUCUUGACCUUUGAGGAGGUGGCUGUGCAUUUCACGGAGGAGGAGUGGGCUUUGCUGGAUCCUGGCCAAAGAGCUCUGCACAAGGAAAUCAUGGAGGAGAAUCAUGAGAUGGUGGCCUCUCUAGAAUCAGACCUCAGUUCCUGUUGGGAAGAAGGACAAGAUCCAUUCCUCCAGGACCCCAAAGAAGGGGAGACCUCAGCAGGUAAUGGGCAGAAGAAUGAGAAUCAUGGAGAGCCAUCUGUGGGGUCAUCAGGAAAUGUGGAGUGUGAAACAGCGAAAGAGAAAUUCGUAAAUCAGCGAUCAUCCCAAAAGCGUGUAGGAACCAUGUUGGAAAAUGGGGAAAGGAAAUCCUCCACUCCUCAGGACACUGAUGUCCAUGUCGAGCUGAAUUCACAUGGAGAAUGCACAGGGAGCAGCAGUGUGGAUCGUGGAAAGAGCUCCGGUCAGAGUGAAAGCUUCAGUUUACAUCAGAGAACCCAAACAGGGGAGAAAGCGUUUCAGUGCAUUGAGUGUGGAAAGAGGUUAAGUAGUGCUGGUAACCUUAUUAAGCACAGAAAAACCCACACAGGGGAGAAGCCAUUUAAAUGCAUGCAGUGUGGAAAGAGCUUCAGACAGAGUGGGAACCUGACUGCACAUCAAAGAACCCACACAGGGGAGAAACCGUUCACAUGCAUGGUGUGUGGGAAGAGUUUCAGUCUCAAUCACCAUCUUACUUUACAUCAAAGAACCCACACAGGGGAGAAACCACAUACAUGCAUGGAGUGUGGAAAAAGCUUCUGUACCAGUAGUUUCCUUAUUGUACAUCAAAGAAAGCACACUGGGGAGAAACCAUUUAAAUGUACGGAGUGUGGAAAGAACUUCAGCCAGAGUGGAAACCUUACUAAACAUCAAAGAACCCACACUCAAGAGAAACCGUUUAAAUCCAUGGUGUUUGGAAAUAGUUUAAGCCCCAAUUGCCAGCUUACUUUGCAUCAAGAAAAACACGCAGAGGAGAAACCAUUUAAAUGCAUGGAGUGUGGAAAGAGCUUCAGUCGUAGGAGUAAACUUACUUUACAUCUAAGAACCCACACGGGGGAGAAACCAUUUAAAUGUAUGGAGUGUGGAAAGAGCUUCAGCCAGAGCGGAAACCUAACUGCACAUGAAAGAACACACACAGGGGUGAAACCACAUAAAUCUGUGGUGUUCGGAAAGAGUUUUGGACUCAGUCAUCAUCUCAAUUUACAUCAGGGAGCCCACACUAGGGAAAAACUGCAUAAGUGCAUGGAGUGUGGGAAGAGCUUUCGUGCAAGUAGCAUCCUUAUUGUGCAUCAAAGAACCCACACUGGGGAGAAGCCAUUUAAAUGUACAGAGUGCGGAAAGAGCUUCAGCCAAAGUGGAAGCCUUACUGCACAUCAAAGAACCCACACAGCAGAGAAACCAUUUAAAUGUAUGGUGUGUGGAAAGAGUUUCACUUUCAAUUACUACCUUACUUUACAUCAAAGAACGCACAGUGGAGAGAAACCAUUUAAAUGUAUGGAAUGUGGAAAGAGCUUUCGUUGGAGAACUACACUUAUUUUACAUCAAAGAGCCCACACUGGAGAGAAACCAUUUAAAUGUAUGGAGUGUGGAAAGAGCUUCAAACAGAGUGGAAGGCUUACCGCACAUCAACUAACCCACACAACAGAGAAACCAUUUAAAUGUAUGGUUUGUGGAAAAGGUUUCAGUGUCAAUUACUACCUUACUUUGCAUCAAAAAGCCCACAUUGGGGAUAAACCAUAUAAGUGUAUGGAGUGUGGAAAGAGCUUCAGCCGGAGUACUACACUUAUUGUACAUCAAAGAACGCACACUGGGGAGAAACCAUUUAAAUGUUUGCAGUGUGGAAAGAGUUUCAGUCGACGGAGUACACUUACUGUACAUCAAAGAACACACACCAGGGAGAAGCCCUUUAAAUGUAUGGAGUUUCAAAACAGAAGCUUUAUAGAACAUCAUAAAACAGACACUGGGGAGAAACCAUUAGAAUGUAUGGAGUGUGGAAAGAACUUCCGUUGUAGAAGUGCUCUUACUUUACAUCAAAGAACCCACACAGGGGAGAAACCAUAUGAUUGCAUGGAGUGUGGAAAGAGCUUCAGUCGUAGGAGUACACUUAUUGUACAUCAAAGAGGCCACACUGGUGAGAAACCAUUUAAAUGCAUGGAGUGUGGAAAGUCCUUCAGGCAUAGUGGAAGCCUUACUGCACAUCAAAGAAUACACACAGGGGAGAAACCUUUUAAGUGUAUGGAGUGUGGAAAGAGUUUCAGUCGAAGGACUACACUUAAUAUACAUCAGAGAGCCCACACUGGGGAGAAACCAUUUAAAUGCGUAGAGUGCGGGAAAAGCUUCAAUUGUAGGAGCGCACUUACUUUACAUCAGAGAACCCACUCUGGAGAGAAACCAUUAAAAUGUAUGGAGUGUGGAAAGAACAUUCAGCGGACUACAGUUACCAUACAUCAAAGAAUCAACAUUGGGGAGAAACCAUUAAAGUGCAUGGAGUGUGCAAAGAGCUUCAGUGAGAGUGAUGACUUGACUGUAUCCGGGAUCCCACACAGGGGAGAAGCCUUUCAAGUAAAUGGAAUGUGAAAACAGCUGCAGUGGGAGCAGCAAACUUAACUUCACGCAAGAUAAUUCACACAGAGAGAAAAACUAACAAAAUACAUGGUAUGUGAACAGCACUUCGUUAGCGACUGAAGCCAUCACUUCACUGCACAGGGAGGAACCAAAGCAGGGAAGUAAUUAAGAGUGUAGAAACAACCAUCUUGUGGCACCUGAAAAUGCAUUAUGAUGUAAGGUUUCAUUUUCCCUAAGAAAAAGAAGAAAUUGCCAGCACUGCAACUUUCAAUUGCCCAAGGCAGUCUCCCCUUUCUGCCUAAUGUUUGGCCUGGCACCUACUUUACACCUAGGAACCCAUACCGGGCAGAAACCAUUUAAAUGUAUGGAAUGUGGAAUGAUCUUCAGCCAGAGUAGAAACUUCAUUGCACAUCAAGAACCGCACAUGGAGUAGAAACUGGUGUGAAUCCCAGAGGUGGAGAAGCAGUGAGGACAAAGCUUAACCACUAAGUCCAAUAUUAAAUGGUCUCCCCAUUCUGGGAAAUGUGAUAUAACUGAUUGGAUCCCCAUGUACAGAAAGAGCCACAGGCCAGUUCUCCCAAAGAGAGGUGGCACCAGACCUUAAAAUCUGAACUGGCAUCCACAGUCACUGAUGGACUUAUUGUUAGUAUCGUGUUUAUGGAAGACAAUCUUACUCGGCUACAAGUGAUCGCCAAAGAAAGAAAGAGAAAGAAAAGAGUACACUAGGAAUACUAUAUUGUUCGUGGGUAGGCUGUAAUUAGUCCAGGUGCAGAGCUACAGUGCUCUGCUUUAUUUUGUAAUCAAUUUAACCUGUUUUCUUGCUGGCACCCGAUCUUUUAUUAUAAAUAAAGUUCACACUCUGA